AUGAGCCAAGUUCUACCAGCCAGGGGCAAAUUCAAGAUCUGUGAGCACCCAAAUGGCUCCUGCCAGGAAUUUUGCCUUGAAAAAGAAGUCCACGCCGGGCAAUGUUUAAAUGGCCUAACAUGCUGCCUGCCCGUGGGGAAUGAGCCCUUCAUCGAGCCUACAACACCCAAGGAAAGAUGA